AUGCCGGCUGUAGGACACGUAGAGUUUGAUUUAUACGUGGAUAAAGUCAAAAUUCACACUACAGCCGUUACAACUAAUACUGAUUUAGGAGAUAUCGUGUUACUUAUUGGUCAGCCAGUUAUUAAUGAUAAUACUGUGUCAUUGACAGUAACGCGGACAGGCGCUGAACUUUGUACGACAGAAUAUGGCGAGCUUUGCACGAAACCACGCCAAUACAGCAUCGGUGCAGAGCAUUAUGCAGUAGCCAGUACAUUACUCAGAGGGGGCGUCGGAUAUCUACGUGUCUGCAACAUUGGAGAGGUCCCUUUGAAAUGGAAAAAGGGCGAAACUGUGACAAGGGCAGAGCUCUGUAACGUCUGUGGUGAGGAUGGCCGACUG